GUUGUUUUGACUUUUUGAAUACUCCUUCGAGAAAGAUGACUUCCACGUGGAUACUCGUGGUGUUGAGUGAGUAUAAUUUGAGUACAUAUUGACAAUGGUCGAAAAAUGUGAUGGAUUCGCUGUAUUCUUCUUGCUUUAUUUAGCAAGCCUAAGCGUCGUAGAUUUUGAGAUAUUUUGUAUUUUAUGUAUACUCUAUAAGCGUGCAUAUUAGCGGUUUUGUCGGCCCACAAGUUCUUUAUUGCUAAUAUCAAAGUAGUUGACCAACGAUGGCUGUUUCACCUGUUUCAAUUCUUCAUGUUGUUGUCGAUUUUUUCCCAUAUCCAUGGCCUAAGUAACUUUAAUAUACAAAUUCCUCUUCGUUAAGGCUUCGUAACUUAAUUCAUGUUAAGCUAAAUAAUUAACAGUGUAAUUAAACUCGACUUGUGUGUGGUUUUAUUCAGCAUUGUAAACUCUUUGCUGUGGUGAUACAGCGUUUUUACACAACUGUUGCUAUAUUUAACAAUGACUACUAAAAAAACAUAGGAAGUCACGUAUUUCAAAUUCGUCUUGUCCUAUACAAAAUUUGGCUCAAACUUUCUUUGUUUAAUAUCGAUUUAUAUCGCUUGAGCUUGCUUGUGAACUGUGCCAUCUUUUUCUGAGUUUUCAAAAAUAAUAUAAGCUAGCUUAAGCUUUUGUACAGGUAUAGCGAAUUGUCCCAUUACUUGGAUCUUAUAAAAAACACAAAUCGUCGACGCGCAGUGGCAAAAUUUAGAACAAGCAAUCAUAAAUUAAUGAUAGAAUACGGAAGAUACUGCACGCCCAAAUUUCUGAACAUCUCAGAUUGUGUCAAUACUGUUCUUUAAAUGAAAUCAUGCUAAACUGCACUCUUUACCUUAAUGAACGACAAUAUAUCCCCUUGAUUCUAUAAGUGACAAAUAUCCUAAUCUUCACCCAUUGAGUGCGAACGAUAUGAUACUUUUUCUCUUCAAUAAUGUAGAUCCCUUUGCCUGCAAGAAUCUUGGCCAUUUUAUUUUUCUGGCCUUCGAAAAACGUGAAAGUAGAUCAUUAAACAUAACUACAAUAUAGUUAGCAUUUUCUGUAAUUUUAGCGAUUAUUAUUAUUGUUAUUAUUUAGAAUGAUAAGUGUUACUUUCGUUGUUUUUUUUUCCUUUACCUUGACAUAAUGAUUAUUGUAAUCUGCAAUGCCAUCUACUCAUGGAAAUACCAAUAAAUGUUGUUGUUGUUGUUGUUGUAAGGUUAAGGUCUAUACUGUAACCAAAACUGAAAUUAGCCAUUUGUACAAUGACGUCAUUUUUUCUUUUAUUUUUGUUCUAACAGUUUCCAUUGAAACUGGGCUUACUUUGCUCCAUAAGUCUGAAGGCAAAUUGCAAAGUGCUGUUUGACUUAAUUCGUGAACAAGUAGAGCGUAAGGCUAUGUUACACAAGAUGAUUUGCCAAUGACGAUAUUUAGGGCAACAAUGUUGGAACAGUUUAUUGCAAUGCAGUGUUUCACUUAAAAUCAAAAGUUAAGUGAUUUAUAAAAAUUGAGGCCUUCGAAAAAAAAAAACUGAAAGCUUCUUAGCAUUUGUUGGACAAUGGGGUAGAUAUUAGGCCUUGGAAUUUUUACUAAUUGCAAGAGUGGAAUUGCCUUUUUGGAAGAAUUUUGGAGGCAGUGGUGAAUUAUUGCAAGAAUAUAUAGAUUGGCCUAGUUGAAGCAAAUGGAUAUCAUUAAAUUUUAUAGCUCAGUUGGUAGAGCACUGCAGCACAAAUGCAGAGGCCAAUCGAAUCCCGUUGAAGUCCCGCUAUAGAUAUAUAUUUUUUUUGGGGGGGGGGGGGGGGGUUAAUUUUCAGUUGCUUAAAUUGCAAUUACACUGCAAUGAUCAUGUCUUCAUUCAAAUUUGUAUUUCCACAUUUCACAUCAUCUUCAUGAAAAUUAAAUUUUAGUGUACCAAUUUCCUUAAUAAUUUAUAUAGAUUUAGCCAGGGCUAAAAGCAAAGCUCCUGUUAAUAAAUUUAUAUUUCAAAUCAAACAAUAAACUUGUAAUCCACAAAGCAGUUAAGUUAAGGGCACAUUCAUGUGACUUUUGAGGGAAAGGUUAAGUGAUUUUAGAGAAAAAUGAUGUGCAAAACAGUCCAAGAGUAAAACAAAUCUUACUUCAAGUUAAUAGCCUUAUAUGUGCACCCAAAUCACCUAUUGUGGCCAGCCGCUUCUCUUUUUUGAUAAGUGCCAAAUUUGCAGUGCAAGCUGUCACUGUUUGAAUGAACAUUAAUAGUUACACUUCAACAUAGUAAAGAAUUUAACAAAAAAAAUAAACAUUUAUUUGAUGGUUUUAUAAUGAUGUGUAAUCUUAAAAAGCGUUUGAUAUAUGCUGCAUUUUGAGUACUCCUGCAGGUGAUGUUCAUGAACAGAUGAAAACAAACGGCACAGCGAUUAAAAUCACGAGAGACUACCAACAAUCAAGAAAAGAUUUGGUGAAACAUUUACAGAGACAACAAUUUUCAUUGACGAAGAUAGUAUUAAAGUGUCUCUAAAAAUCCUGAGUCUUUAAGCUUAAGGCUUAAGUUUAUUUUUUAAGUCGACCUCCUGGUGUUUGCUUUUUCAAAGAUGAACAAAGACAAGAAAGUCGCUCAAAGCUUUAAAUUUUCUUUACAGCCAAAAUUAUAACUUAAUAUUCUUUGGAAUGUUUUCUUCCUAUUUGCGGUGCGAAAUUGUCUAAAGGCCUUUUGAAGUUCUGUAAGCUGAUAUCAAACCUGAUACUAGGUCAGAUUAUUGUCUCAAAUCUUACAAAUGUGCAUAAACUAGCCAUGUAAACUCUGCUUGAGUUCAUGAAAUUAGAUAAAGAAAAAAAGUAAGGCCAGAAUCGCUUGAGACUUUUUAACCCUCUUACGCAUCAAGCAAGGUAAAAAAUGAAAAUGAUGCGACCCGAAAAUGGAUUUCCCACUUUGACAAGCGGCGCAUUUGUCAACCAAAAACCCAAUAAAUUGGUGGCAGCUGUAUUUCAUUUUGUACAUCUAGUGGAAAAAGACAGUUAAAAACAUCGCAAGUUGACACAAAAUUCUCUCAACUUCAGCUGUCAAAAUUAUCAAGUUUCAAGAUGCUGCAUAAAUUUUCUGCAUGAACUCACCUGUCAAAUUUUGACCAAUCAGAGCAUAAAAAAUGGGAGGUAGAUCUUGGCCAACUUGUGACCAUGGUGACAAAAGUCAAAAUCUCUCCCCUGCCUGUAGUAGCUCGCUGAAUUGGGUCCAAGGUCAGCUUGAAAUCAAAAUUUUAAUAGUACAGCACAUAAACACAACAUAUUUCAUAUGAAUUUUAAAAAAAUUAAACUUGAGCCUGCGAUCAUUUAAAAACUAGUAAAAAAUACUCAACCUUGAUGGGCCGACACCUGAGCCUGUGAUAUGGUCAGGUGAUACUGGUCAGUGGACAUCCUGUUUUGACAGCUCUCAAUUUAUCACAACAUUGAUGUGCAAUAUGCAAAUAUCAGUUUGCCCCUGGGCUCCCAAACUAGCUAGAAAGCAUGUGAUUAAACAUUGGUUUCCCUGUGGUGUGGACGGACGGUCAUUCAGUCAGUGUUCGGUCACGUGAUUACCAAAUUUUCUGGGAUGGAUAGAUUUUCUUACCCAUGAUGCUCUGCUAAAAAUGAGGUCUGUAUGAGCAAUUAUUGGGGUCUGUAAGUGAUUUAAUUAUGAUUGUAAUAAUGUGCCUUUGCAGAGUAAUGAAGCAGCAGAAGUAACUUAUAUAUGACUCUUCUGAAUGCGUUUUUGCAUUAACUGGUUUGAAAGACAAGUCAUCAACAUUCAUUCAAACUUGGAUAAAAUACCAAACUUAAAAAAAUAAUUUAAAGCUCUUUAACUUUGAAAACCUCUCACAGUUUCUGAUCACAGUGUUCUGUGCCAGUUCUGUUGUUGAGAAAAUUAAUAAUCAAGCAAUUAUUGCUUUGCUUGGUGAAUAAUAGAGAGCUUACAGUGUAAGCAGCAGUCGUUUUUUGAGGUCACGAACACCAACCUGAAGUCACUCGUGCCAGUGUGAACAUACUGUGCAUGUGUUCAUGUCCGUGAGGUCAGGUUGCCAAUGCCAGAACGCCACUUUUAAAGUUUAAGAUAGGAUGCAAGAUUCUAGUACUCAAAAGUACGCGUUUGGAGAAGAAUUAUUUGGUAAUUUCCGAUAUUGUGGGUAAAUUUGUGGCCUAAAACUUAAAGAAAAUUCUUCGGCUAUUCAUUCAGCAUUUUCAGAGAUGUAAACAUCAGGUAAACAGUCUCUGGACUUGACCUAUUAGGUUGACCCAGCUAGUGCUACUGGCUGCAGAACUGGGGGAUGGCAAAAUUUAUGGGAUUUACGUAAGAUUUACUCGAUUUCUUGUCCAUGUGAAUCAUCAUCAAGUGAACUCACAUCUUAUUUCUGUGGGCUUUAUCUUCUUGUAAGUUUUAUUAUAAACAGCCGAUAAUUUUGACUGCAUGAAUUGUUAUUUUGUUUACAACGAAAAAUAUUAAAGGCUUACACACCUGUAAAUGAAAAUGUUAUGACUGCAUGGUUUUGUGCAUUGGGUUGAUUACAUGUAUAUUAUAUCGUGAAAGCGUUUUCUAAGGAGACCCCUGUUAAUUUUGGUGCAAUGAACUUUGAAAAUGAAUAACAAACUAAAUCUCAUUUGUUGUUAAUGAAACUGAAAAUAAAAUGGGCCACUAAACUUCGCUAUCAUGUUUUUUUCGCCACACAACACACUGGUCUACACAAUCAAAUAGUACAAGAUGGCAUUUCAAGCUUGGCGAAUAAAUUUGAAAGAUGAAGUGUUCAAAUGAGAAUAGGCAAAGAAAAUUUACGAGUCCCCUUCAGCAGCAAAGAUCUUUCUGAAACUCGAAAUGCUAUGUCAUGAGUGAAGACAUUUCAAAUAGCUAAAGUAUAAAACAGAGACAAGACAUCUGUUACUCACGUUAUACCAAAAACCAUUCAUUGCUUAAUCUUCGCUUUUCGUGCCACAAACGUUGUACUUGAUUCAGACCAGGCACAGCCUUCCUGACGUCCAUGACCUCAAGAAUGUCCACUGCUUAAGCUCUCUAAUGGAUUUUUUGCACUGCCGCAAUGUACUUACAAAUACAUUCAUGUACCUGCCAACCGCCGGAGUACAAAAAUCUAGAGAUGUUUAGUCUGCAUUGCCUCUGUUUUUCAUUUCUCCUGGGUAUUACAGCCGUCCCAAGAGGAAUUGAAAACAACACUCAUGCAAAAUUUUGGGGAGCAAAUGCAGUGCAUUGUGGGAGAUGUAUAAGUGGCGAAUUGAAAGAAUGUCAUUUUCGACAAUGUCUGAAUACUCUCUGAAAAUCACCCAAAGGCCUUCUGAAUGUUUGCCGAGUUGAUAACAGCGUGCAAAAGCCGCGCCAACUUUCUACGAUGUAUUGUGCAAUAUUAUUAGUUAAUUUCUGACCAAUUACAAUACUCGUAUUAAUUUGAUUGCCCUUUUUUAUGUUUUGUGAUCAAGAACAGCUCAAAUAAGAGCACUAAAUCCACUUCUUGUUUUAUUUUCCUUUUUCACAGUAUAUGAUCUCGAACAUAACAAAAUUAGCGCAAAAUUUUUGAAAAAGGCCAUGGUGGGUUUUUCCCCAGGAGAUUUAGGGACUGGGAGAUUUGAUGAAAAACUUGGAGACUCCUGGGAAAACCAGGAGAGUUGGCAGGUAUGCAUACAUGUAAUAAUUACUUGUAGGGAGCUUUUAGAUCUUUGUUGUCCACAAUACUAUAGUUGUGACCUUGAUUAUAUUUUUGUGUUGCAGUUAACAUUUUGGUCAACAUUGUACCUGCUCAAUUGCAAGAUCGUAAGUUUUUUCUUGUACAUACAUAAUGUGUUGUAAACACAAUUCACAUGUCUGCCUCACUCUCUCCUUUAGUGGUAUCAGUGCUGGUUUUCACUAAUGAUGAAGUCUGGGUCAAAUUCAGAAGUUAAAGCAUUACAAUCUACUUGUAGCAAAAAUCAAACCAACAAAUUCAUAAGCAGAGUUUGCUAUAUUUUGCUUAUGACAUUGUUGCUUAUCUUCAAGUGAAAACUAAUAUUGCCAUACAUGCAGUUGCAAGCAGAAUUGGGGGAAUAAGUCAAUAAAAAUAACUUAAUUAUUUAUGAAGCUGGUUCAUAAGGAAAAUUACGUGAAUGUAACUCCAUCUCAUGUUUCUCAUGUUUUUAUUAAUUUUAGGAAACAAUUUUAUUACAUCAAUAGUUUUGUUAUCAUGUUGUGAUGAAUCUUCUUGUAACAUAAAUGUUACAAAUCAUGUGAAAAAUUGGCUAGUUUUAUUAAAUGAUUUGCGUUGUAUAGACAAGGUAACUUUUUCUAUUAAACUUCUAAAGUAAUAAGAUUUAUAAAAAAAUAAUGGUUGAUUCUUAUUUAAUGUUAUUUUCAAAAUACAGUGUAACUUUUUAUUUUAUCAAGUGGUGCUGGAAAUUGGAGUGACUAAAUGAUUUUAGAGCAAACUCCAGUAAAUGAGGUUACUAUAGAGCCUUUUACAAUAAAUUCAAAGUAGGAUAUUUAUUGGUUUAAAUUUAAACUAAAGAACUUUUGCAGUAUUGAUCCUCUUUGCCCCACAUGAACCUGCAUUCUACCUUAAAUACAAUGAAGAUGUGUUGCCUGAAAAAGUACUCAGAUGUAUGCAUUCUUGUUUUUAACUCCUUAUAGCUUGCGGAGGUGGAGUUAAUAUCAGUGGGGCAUCAAGUGGAUUUGUAGCAAGCCCCAAUUUUCCAAACAGCUUUGGUCCUUCACUAACAUGUGUUUGGACUAUCACAGUUCCCAGUGGACGAAUCAAGUUGUCUUUUUUGAAUUUUACCUUGGAGCCAGGUCAGAAUACAGAUUGUACUGGAUCAAAUUUAGGUGGUGCCUCUGUUACAAUCACAAGCAUUGCGUCAAAUGAUGAUCGCACCCCCUUUAAGCUGUGUGGCCAAAACAUUCCUGCUCCAGUGUACUCUGAUGCCAGCUCCACUCAGAUUACCUUGGUUACGUCCACCAAUAGACCUCCAGGAUUCAAUGCUUCAUUUGAGACAGUUACUGAUGAAAUGUGUAAGUUCCUUUGUGUUAUUUAUGUGUUUUCCAUAGCAACAUGUACAGAUGUACAAACAUGUAUUUUAAAUAUUGAUUUUUUCAAAGCCCUCCUAAACAAUCACCUCAGAAAAUUUAACCUGGUUACUUACAAGAAUGAGCUCACGUAAGCGAGCGCAUGAUGGUGAAACAAUAGAGGGUAGUCGCUUACGAGAGGUUCAAAAACUUAUUAAUAAUCCAUAAAGAAAAUACGGAAGAAAGUGUCUUUAUAUCUGAUAUAGAGAGGGCUAAACUUGACAUCCAAAUUUUUAGACCAUUAGCAUUGUGUGCAGUUUCAAUUUUGUGUUGAUUUUUAUGAAUAAUACUCUGAGUGGUCACUUACAAGAGCUUAAAAACAAAGAAAAAGUCUAGUUGGGUAAAUUAUCCCAAAAAGUGGUUGUGGUCACUUGCGGGAGCAGUUGCUUACGAGAGCUUUUCACUACAAAGUUUAAUUAAGUCACAGUUCAAACGGGGUUUCA